UAUAGCUGAAAGCGGAGCUGAAAGCAGAGCUGAUAGCUGAUUUAUAAGCUCUGAAAAAACAAACACACUGCACCGGUGCAAGUGCGCACAUUGCAGACUGAACUGAGCUGAAAGCUGAAAAAGCUUUCUAAAAUCAGCUCAGCUUAGUUUGAUCGAUCAAGCAUGUUUGUUUUUUCAGCAAGCUGAUUGCUGAUUUCAGUACUGAACGAAAAUGGACUGUGAAAUGUUAUUGAGUGAAAUUGCGGUGAACCCGGUCUUAUGGAACAAGCGUGAUAAAAAUUAUUCGAAUCGUUUGAUUUUCGAAAAAACCUGGCAGGCGAUCGCAAAUAAAUUGGGAAAACCAGCGGAGCAGUGCAAAAAAAAGUUUAAGUAUUUAAAAGACGAAUACCGCAAGGCCCAGCGAAAUGUGCCAAGACCCGCAUCAGGAGCAGCAGCAGCAGAGCCUCACGUUUCCAAAUUUAAAUAUUUUAAUUUAAUGCACUUUUUGAGGGAUGAUUUCGGUGGAGAAACCGACGGAAAUAUAGGAGGCACAUACAUCGAACUAAUGGACGACACAUCAAUGCCAUAUAGUGCUGAACUGUACGACACUGAAAUUGCCUUGACAAAAGAUGACAUCGAAAAGCCAGGACCGUCCAAACGACAUAACAAACGACAAAAAGACAUGGACAACGAACUAAUAGAAAUCGAACAUAAAAAAUUAAAACUCUUGGAAAUGGACAUUGAAAAUAAUACAAAUAACAAAGACUCAGACGAUUUAUUAUUUUUCAAAAGUUUAAUACCUUUGCUGCCGAGCUCCCUGUCAGCAAGCCAAAAACUACGGAUGAGGACAGACAUUCAAAAUGUCGUCCUCAAAUAUUUGGAGGAAGAUUAAUUUUAUUUAUUUUCAUAAUUUAUAUAUUUUGUUAGUCAUUUCUUUCUUUCUUUAUUUAUUAUUAUUUUUUAUUAUUUAUUUUUGUUAUUAUUUUUAUGUUACACACCUUACACACUUUUCAUACAUUAUACCUUCAUACAUAGUCUAAUUACACAUACAUACAUCUAAUUGCAUACAUACACAUAUACAUAUAUAUAUACAUACACAUAACGAAAAAUAAACAAUAAAAAUAAAAAAGCUUCCUUUACGAACCGCAAUGUAACAAAAAGUCUUUCUUUGGGUCCAAUUGGUUCUCGAAGGAAUGUCUGCUGCUUUUGAAUUCGCGAUUCAAUUUUAUUUAAAAUAUAGUCAAAGGUCUCCACCUGCAUUCUUGCGUAUUCGGCAAAUUUUAUUGGGAACGUUCGAAGCUGCUCAUACAUAUGGUGAAAUUCCCCAAGUACCGGGCGAUUCCGAAAAAUUUCGUGCACCCAAAUCUCUCUGCGUAUUUUCCUUUCAUUUAAUAGUUUUUUCAUUUGCACAUUUUCGCACAGCAACAAUUUACGCACGCGCGACGACAACAUUUUGGUAACGUUUAAAGAGAGAGAGAGUCUAUGGCUUUCAGCUUUCAGCAAUCAGAUCAGCCGACAAUGUACGCACCUGCAAGCUGAUUCUGCCUG